AAAAAAACAUUGAGACAUGUAGCCUGGCAUCUUUAUUGUCACCUGUCGGUAUCACAGUCGCAGAUAACAGGUAAUUAAAGCAACGACAGUGAUUUGUUUGAAUCAAAUGCCCCUUGACACAAACACUAUUUUAUCCUCUUGGGAUUCCCUCUCAUGACGUAGGCUUGCGUGGGGAUUGCCCAUUCGGUUGAUUGACAGGUAUAGCGCCGCCCAAAUUCAAGUCAUCCCAAGAAUCAAAGCCCCGAAGUCAACAACAGUCUUGGAGCUCCAAGGUCUAGAAAUAACCUUACUACAACCACGUUGUCAGGUUUCCUUGUCCUAAAUUCGGCGAUGGAUGCCAUAAGGUCGGCUGGAAGAGCUAUCAUUCGAAGUCCAAUUAUAGCGAAACGGUCUUGGAAUACGGGCAAACAUAAAAAACUUCCUGAGAACUGGACAGACAUAACAGAGACUGUUGUAGAUGGCAUGACCUUUAACCUCCGCCACCUAGGCAUGACCCUGGUGGAUCAGCCCAAAGGAGAGGACCAAUCAGCAGCUGCCGUCAAGAGGAUUGUUGCCACGGCCAAAGCGGGAGGCCAGAAGCCUCAGAAGAUGUCUCUAAAGGUUUCUCCUCAGGGUUUAAUGCUGUACGACAGUCUAACCAACCAGCUACUAGACAACAUCUCCAUAUACAGGAUAUCCUACUGCACGGCGGACAAGCUGCACGACAAGGUGUUUGCCUACAUUUCCCAGAACCCCCUCAACGGAACACUGGAGUGCCACGCCUACCUCUGCCCCAAGAGGAAAGUGGCCCAGGCAGUGACUCUGACUGUAGCACAGGCCUUUAGAGUGGCCUUUGAGUUGUGGCAGGUUGCUAAGGAAGAGGAAGAGGAGAAUAUCAAGUCCAGCUCAGCUGGAGAAGCAACCAACAGUUCCCAGUCAGAAAGAUCAAACAGCCUACCCAGUCUCAAAGGAGGAAAUGUUGCCACUGGUAACCUACUGGACCUGGAGGAACUGACUCAUGUUGCCGUGGUUCUGGAAACCAAUGGCAACGAGGAGUUGAAGGUGGACAACCGCACUGCUCCCGAGAACAAUGAUAACAACAACACUGUCUGGGAAAUUGAGGAAGACUUGGAUGAGGCUUUUUCUAGCCCCAGGCUGAAUACCUUUGAGUCGUCUCCAGACUGGCGGUAUCCCGUACUAACCCCCAGGUCUUGGACAUUGGGGUGACCCCCCAGGAUUGGCUGAUAGAACCUGACUGGGCCAAUGGGAACACACCCAACAAGAACGGGACCAAUAAGAACACAUCAAACAAUAAUACCACCAAUGGGAAAGACUUCUUUGGCUUCUGAUCGACCACCAGAGGGCGACCAAGCUGCACAGCCUUUUGAGUCUUUGGCCCAAUCCCAAAUCAACCGCUAGGCCCUAUGCUGGAACUAUACUAUAUUGUGUGCACCUGUCAAGUCCUCUCAGAUCUCCACCAGGACACAGGGUCUAGGGGUCGAUUUGGGAUUGGGCCAUUGAAGAGUUGACUUUGGUUCCAUUCCAAACCGAUCCCUUGCCUCUGUCCUUGUUCCCUAGUUGACUCCCUCCCCCCUUAUAGAUCUGAAAGGACUGAAUAGGGUCAGAGCUUUGGUUGAGAUUCUAUCAUAAAAUGUAGAUAUACAAUCGCCAGGAAGAGUCUAUGGGUAGAUGCUAGGGAUUAUGGGUAGACGCUAGGGAUUAUGGGUAGACGCUAGGGUUUUGAUUUGGUACCCUAUAUCUUUUUAUAAACUGGGUGCUUCAAGCCCUGAAUGCUGAUUGGCUGAAAGCCAUGAUAUAUCAGACCAUAUACCACGGGUACGACUGCUCUAAUUACCUUGGUAACCAGUUUUAUAAUAGCAAUAAGGCACCUCAGGGGUUUUGUGAUAUAUGGGCAAUAUAUCACGGCUAAGGGCUGUAUACAGGCACUCUGUGUUGCGUCGCGUACAUAAGAACAGCCCUUAGCCGUGGUAUAUUGACCAUAUACCCCCCCCCCCCCCCCUGGCCUUAUUGCUAAAAUAUACCGCUCUGUGUGUCAGCCUACAUUGUUUGGUUUACUUUGUUCUUUCAUCUACUGCAGUAGUAGAUAGUAGUACUAUUUGGACUCUAAUCAGUAUUAUUUUUUCUAUGUGUGUGUAUUUUGUGUUGGUUAUAAUCAUGCAUCAUGAGAUGUGUGAUUGUCAGAUGUAUAUUUAAGCCAUAAGGCCAGAGGAGGUGUGGUAUAUGCCCAAUAUACCACGGCUAAGGGCUGUUCUUAGGCACGAUGUGACGCGGAGUGCCUGGACACAGCCGUGGUAUACAGUCUGAUAUACCACGGCUGUCAGCCAAUCAGCAUUCAGAGCUCGAGCCACCCAGUUUUGAGAUUUGGAGUUAAACCAGUCUUCAUUUGUCACAGUAUAUCUGUAUUAUAUAUAAGAUAUAUAUAGUAUUGAACAUAAAUACUCACGGUACCAUAAAGACCAAGACAAUACAUUUAGGUUCUCCUUACUUUCUGUGGUUAUAUUGGGCAUGCAUUCUAUUACACACUAGAGUCUGGUUCCGUUGCCAUGAAACAGGAGAAAGCUCUUUUGAAAAAGAGGUACUCCCUGAAUUUCUUUCCAACUUGUUCGAAACUAUUUCUUCUGUUUUGUGCCUGCCUACUUAACGUGACCCAGGAAAGUGAUGUAACUGUAGUAAAUUGCUUUCUGACCAGUUUCACCUUGUUCUGUUAGUUAUCUCUCUACCCUUAUGUCCAAUGGACCAAUGCCCCAUGUAAUACUGUGUACCAGCUGAACUUUAAAUUUUAAAAAAUUGUUUUUGUUAUGUAUAUGAAAUUAAACCGUUGUUUGGUCUUCUU